AUGGACCCCAAAACCAUGUUCGCCGUGUGGCGCGUGCCGGCCCCCUACAAACCGGUGACGCGCAAGAGCCUGGGCCACCGCAUGGGGGGUGGCAAAGGCCCCAUCGACCACUACGUGACGGCGGUGAAGAGCGGGCGGCUGGUGGUGGAAGUCGGGGGGCGCUGCGAGUUCGGCGAGGUGAAACCUUUCCUCGCGCAAGUGGCCAAGAAACUGCCCUUCGCCGCCGUUGCCGUCAGCCGCGACGGCCUCCGGGAGAUGCGGCGGGAGGAAGAGGAGAAGAGGCUCAACAACCAAAACCCCUGGACCUUCGAGCGCGUCGUCACCGCCAACAUGCUGGGGAUGCGCAGGUACCUCAGCCCCUACGACCUGCAGCUGAAGGGACGUUAUUGGGGCAAAUUCUUCCUGAAACACAGGGUGUAACGAGCAGCCGGGGA